UACUAAUGCAUGAGCCAUGACUUUGUUAUUCUUUUCACUGACGCGGAUGGCUGUGUAGUAGCUCUCCACGAAUUUAAUUUUAAUCCAAAGCAACAUUCAAAACAACUGUGCCAACAAAAUGCAGAAGCAAGUGGAAGUCAGAAUGGGUGAGCCCCACCUGGAGCCCAUCGUGGACCCUCCUGAGAGCACAUGUAGCUCUCUGUGUGAUAAAAUCAUGAAGAACAUGGUUCUCACUCUCACAAUCCUCGGUGUGUUCCUGGGUUCCAUUGCUGGAAUGCUGCUGCGGCACAUAUCGCCUCUCCCUCCUGAUGUCAUUAUGAUCAUCGCCUUCCCCGGAGAGAUCCUAAUGAGGAUGCUGAAGAUGCUUAUUCUGCCUCUUGUUGUUUCCAGUCUGGUCACAGGACUAGCCGGCUUGGAUGCCAAAUCCAGUGGACGCUUAGGCACCAGGGCCAUGGUGUACUACAUGUCGACGACGGUGAUCGCAGCCGUCCUGGGUGUGAUCCUGGUGCUGCUCAUCCAUCCCGGUAACCCCAAGCUGAGGGCUAAUCUCGGACAGGGAAAGAAGAACGACGACGUGUCCAGCGUGGACGCAUUCUUCGAUCUCAUCCGAAACCUUUUCCCAGAGAACUUGGUGCAGGCCUGCUUUCAGCAGAUCCAAACAGUAACCACCAAAGUACCAGUGCCCACUAACAGAACCAAAGCACAUCCACAUUUCACAGUUAAAAGGUCGCUGCAGUUCAAGAGUGGGAUGAAUGUCCUGGGUUUGAUUGGAUUCUUCGUCGCUUUUGGAGUCAUUAUGGGGAAAAUGGGAGAAAAGGCCAAGCUGAUGUUGGAGUUUUUCAACGUCCUGAAUGAGAUUGUUAUGAGGCUUGUUGGUGCAAUUAUGUGGUACUCCCCUAUUGGUAUUGCAUGCCUCAUUUGUGGAAAGAUCAUCUCCAUCGCUGACUUGGAGGUGGUUGCGCGGCAGCUGGGGAUGUACAUGGUCACUGUGAUAGUGGGUCUCAUCAUCCACGGAGGCAUCUUUCUUCCGCUGAUAUAUUUUGUGAUAGUCAAACAAAAUCCCUUCACGUUCUUCAUGGGAGUUUUCCAAGCUUGGGUCACGGCGCUUGGAACAGCAUCCAGUGCCGGGACUUUGCCUGUCACGUUCCGAUGCUUAGAGGAAAACCUGGGCAUCGACAAGAGAGUAACACGCUUUGUCCUCCCAGUGGGCGCCACCAUCAACAUGGACGGCACGGCGCUUUAUGAGGCUGUGGCUGCCAUCUUCAUCGCUCAGAUGAAUGGGAUUGUCCUGGACUGGGGCCAGAUUAUUACUGUCAGUAUGACAGCCACCCUGGCCAGCGUUGGAGCAGCCAGUAUCCCCAGUGCUGGACUUGUGACCAUGCUUCUGAUCCUCACAGCGGUGGGUCUGCCCACUCAGGACAUCAGCCUCCUGGUCGCUGUCGACUGGCUGCUGGAUCGUUUCCGUACCUCAGUGAAUGUGGUCGGGGACUCCUAUGGAGCGGGUAUUGUCUACCACCUCUCCAAAGACGAGCUGGACUCCUACGACCAACAGGCCCGGAUGGAGGACUUUGACAUGGCAAAGACACAAUCCUUCUAUGAAAAUAACACCAACCAGAAUGUAUACGCUCACCACAACUCAAUCUUGAUAGACGACUGCAAGGUCACCAUGGGCAAAAAUGGCAAGACUGCAGAGUUCUCUCUUGUUGAGGAGGGACCAUGGAAAUGCGAGUAA